GUAGAUGUUUGAUCUGGCGCCGCGGCUGCUCUGCUGAAACGUGUUAAUGAGCUGCUCGGCUCAUCAGGCGCGGCGUGCUGCGCCGCACCGCAGAGCUUUCAUCCCAUUGUGCUGGUCGCCAUGGCAACCCAGUUACAGACUGCUGUGUUUGGUUUUCCUGCUGGCCUCCUCUCACUCUUUGAUUUCUGCAGAAAGCGUUCAGCGCCUCAAGCUGCCGCUCUGCUCUCUGCCCAGAUGGAGACGCCCGGACGCCGGCAGCCGCCGCCGCCGCUGCCGCAGCCGCAGCGAUCCGGCACGGCGAAGCGGCGGCGCUGGGGCGGACUGAGGCAGCAGUGGAAACUUCUGGGUCUGUUUGAGAUCGACCAGCAGCACGACUUCUACGGCCUGACCUGCAGGAUGAAGGAGGGCCUGGCUGCAGCCAUACACACCUCCACACACACACCGCCAGCGAACGACCUUUCAGACGACAACUUCAGAUCCAAGGUCACGCAGGUGCACAAGGACUUCUCCCUGGAGACGUUUGGCGGCCCGGUGUUCGCCGCUCUGCGCGCGUCGCUAGGAAUCACAGAUGACGAGUAUCUGCAGUCUCUGUGCUCAGAAAGCUGCUACCUGCAGUUCAUCAGCAACUCCAAGAGCAAAGCUGACUUCUUCCUGACAAAUGAUAAACGUUUUUUCCUGAAGACUCAAAACAAACGGGAGAUUAAAUUCCUUCUGUCCAACCUGAAGAUCUACGUGGAGCAUCUGAGGAAGUUCCCACAUUCACUGCUGGUCAAGUUCUUAGGAGUUCACCGGAUCCGGAUCCCUCCCGGUCGGAAGAAAUAUUUCAUCGUAAUGCAGAGCGUCUUUUACCCGGACGAACGCAUCAACGCCCGGUACGACAUCAAAGGCUGCCAGGUGAGCCGGUGGACGGACCCGGCGCCGGAGGGCAGCCAGAUCAUCGUGGUUCUGAAGGACCUGAACUUUGAAGGCCAGUUCAUCACACUGGAGCGGCAGCGCUCCUGGCUCGUCCAGCAGGUGGAGAUCGACACCAGCUUCCUGGAGCGGCUCAACGUUCUGGACUACAGCCUCCUGCUGGCCCACCAGCCGCUGCACCACGACGAGCGGAACCAGAACCUGUCUUUCGCCUCGCUCAUCGUCAGAACCAAGAAGUCCGUGAACCCCGGGUCCAGCCCGAUACACGCCGAAGUCCCAGGAGCGGUUCUGAACGACGACGCCGGACUGUCACCGGAACCGGACUCGGGCUUAACGUCGUCCCAGGACCGAGACGACUCGUCCCGGACGAGUCCGCGACCCGCCGGAUCCGGCGCCGACUCGCCCGACGACUUUAGGGCCCAGAACCGGCGGCUGCUGCCGAACCUGAAGAACCCGCUGCACGUCAUCGACGGACCCGAGCAGCGCUACUUCAUCGGCAUCAUCGACGUCUUCACCGUCUACGGCCUGAAGAAGCGGCUGGAGCAUCUGUGGAAGAGCCUGAGGCAUCAUGGCCGCUCCUUCUCCACCGUCAGCCCGCAGGAGUACAGCGGCCGCCUGCGGCGCUGGGUCCAGAACCACACCGACUAGACCCGCUGGGUCCAGAACCACACCGACUAGACCAGCUGGGUCCAGAACCACACCGACUAGACCCGCUGGGUCCAGAACCACACCGACUAGACCCGCUGGGUCCAGAACCACACCGACUAGACCAGCUGGGUCCAGAACUACACCGACUAGACCAGCUGGGUCCAGAACCACAACGACUAGACCAGAACCACACUAACUAGACGACCCGCCUCCUUCAACUCACAGAACCAGAACCGCUGAGUUUCUGGUUUCUAAAUGAAAAGAAAACAAACUUGUUAAAGAACAAACUAAACCAUCGUUGUGCAUCAGGUCAAAGGUUAAAGGUCACGGCUGCCCGCCAGGGUUGAAGGAGAAAGUCUCUUCUCUCUAGAAACAAGAUGGCCGCCGGACUGAGGUCAUCAAAGCCGAGAUAUCAUGACGACGCCCUCUGGACCGGUGGUGGAGGCAUCAGGAUGUGGGCUUUCUCUGUCUCUCAGUCAAUGAUUGGACUAGACCAGGGGCGUCCAAAGUUGCGGCCUGGGCUCCAUUUCUGGCUCUUGGACUGAUUUUUGCGGCCGCCAGCUGCAGCUCAGGAAAGAAGCAAACUUCUGAUCUAGAUUAGAUUAGGGAGAUUAAAUCUUCCUAAUCUAAUCUGAUGCAAAUAAAUUCAAAUUCAAAAAUGCUUUAUUGAUCCCAGUCCUUAAAGUCUUAAAACGUCUUAAAGUCAUUUUUAAAAAAUGUGCAUUGGUCUUAAAUACACCAAUCACAGGCCUUAAAUUUGGUCUGUAGCUAGCUGCUAAUAUCCCCAUGCUAACUAGUUAGCUAGCUUGUUUUGGACGUUGAUUUUGGUUCGGUUCUGUUAUGCUGGAUCCUCCAAACAUCACCUGGAUUUCGACGUUUCUGUCUGAAGUUUCAUUUCAGCUGGAAUUAAAAACGUCUUAAAUUUGAUUUUCUGAAACCUGCAGAUGUUAAAAAGUAUUUAACCGACAAACCAACGUUGCUUUUUAGCUAAAUACGAGCAGAAAACAAAACAAAAAUGGCCGACUGGUUUUAUUGACUUUAUUUAUUUAUUGGAAGUGAUUUUACAAACUUCCGAAUCUUCAAACUGCAGCAGAAUUCAUGACCGAUGUGAGAUCCUGAUGAAGAUCCAGGAAGUAAGUACACCCUGCUGGAUCACAGGGUGCACUUACUUACUUCCUUACUUUCCAGAUGAUGGUUUAGUCUCUGAUCUGCUGCGUCUCAAUAUGCAUCAUUGUUAUUUAUUGGACGUCUUUCUGCCUUACAGGAUCAUCCAUGAUGAUGUUUUGUUUGAACUGUGUGACCUUUAAAUUAAUAGUUUGGAUUUUAUUUCAUGUUUUUUGUUAUAAAUCUGUAUUUUUAUGCAAACCGGCCUGAAAGGCCUGCGGUCUAGUCCAAGAAACAAACAUUACAAAUCCUUCAUUCGGAGGAUUUCUGCCUUCGAUUAGCUUCACCAAAGGCCCACAGCAUGAUGCUGCCUCUGCCAGCCACAGAACCCAGCUGCUCCCUUUCCCGUUGCUCCGUUUGUUCCUCAGGAGUUCUGAUCCGACCGGAUCCUCAGACGGUUUCAUGAUUUCCUCUACAGGAAGUAAUUCGUCUGUCUUUGAGGAACUUUGACCCGUUUGUUUCUGUCCAGAACUGAAUCCAAUAAAACCUGGUUUGGAUCCAGAUCAGAACCUCCAGCAGCUAGUUCCUUUGGGUCAGAACCUCCAGCAGCUAGCUCCUUUGGGUCAGAACCUCCAGCAGCUAGCUCCUUCGGGUCAGAACCUCCAGCAGCUAGUUCCUUUGGGUCAGAACCUCCAGCAGCUAGCUCCUUCGGGUCAGAACCUCCAGCUGCUAGCUCCUUUGGGUCAGAACCUCCAGCUGCUAGCUCCUUCGGGUCAGAACCUCCAGCAGCUAGCUCCUUCGGGUCAGAACCUCCAGCUGCUAGCUCCUUUGGGUCAGAACCUCCAGCUGCUAGCUCCUUCGGGUCAGAACCUCCAGCAGCUAGCUCCUUCGGGUCAGAACCUCCAGCUGCUAGCUCCUUCGGGUCAGAACCUCCAGCAGCUAGCUCCACCUUCACCAUCAAAAGCCUCUCAGUCCUGAACCUUCAGAACCCGACACAAAUCUGAUCUGAUGCCUGGAAGCAGAGCUGGACACGCUAAUGCUAAUGCGCUAAUAGCAGAGCUACUUUUUUGUUUAGCGCUUUAGCUAGGUUUCCUAACAAUUAGAGCAUUUAGCUACCUUAGCUUCAUCUAAAUAGCAUGUCAGUGUAGCACUUUAACUUUAGCUUCUCCUAAAUAGCAUGUUGGUGUAGCGCGUUAGCAUUAGCUUUUGUUAAAUACCGUGUUGGUCUAGCACUGUAGUGUUAGUGUAACUAAUGGCUAUGAUGAGUUAUUUAGAUUUAGCGCAGUUAGCUUUUUAAGUAGCAGUGCCCACCACUGACUUGUUGAGUUCAGGCUACUUUAGGUCAAAGGUCAGUGAGGAUUAGCAGGUUUUUCCGUAGUGACGGCAGGAAGCAGCAGGAAGCGGAUCGAUCGGUGGAUCAUCUGAUCAGAAUCUCCAGUGAUCCAAACUUUUGUUUUGGUUCUAGAACUGAGAAACUAAAUGUUUAGUUCUGGUCCAGAAACAUCUGAUGAACCGGAACCAGAAACUUUCAGGUCCAAACAGGAUGGCUCCCAGUGAAGGGAACUGGAACCAAACCCGGGUCGGAUCCAGAACUCCUGUUGGAUCCGGUGAACUCCUCAGGGACCGAACCCUUAGGCCCAAAGCGGGUUCAGCUCCUGCAGACGUCCGUCAUGAUAAAACUGUUUCUGUUGCCUGAGAGGCAGGAAUGAUGUGAACGGAUGAAACAUCUUUGCUUUUUACCGCCUGAAAUAAAGAGCUAAAGAAAGAAA